AUGGGCGCGAAUGCUUCAUGCGCGGAGCUGGUGAUGCCAAAUGGGAAGGAUGCAAUCAGGCCUCGAAGAUUCAGCCCAGUGCGGAAUCCACAAAGCUCCGACAGCGAGGGCCUAGAGCCCGACGACGGCGAAUGGCUGUUGCCAGAUCCUGCUGUCAUCAAGCACGUUACUGUGGAGCAGUACUUGGAGUUGGCCCAGCGUCUUCGUACCACCGCCUCCGACCGACAGAAACUGGCUGGAGAGUUGCAGGCUGCGCGGCGGCAGCUUGAACACACGAGCAGCGCCCACAGCCGGUUGAGCCGGCACCAUGCGAACGAGUCCCGCGACCGCAAGGAAGCGGAGGCACAACGGGACCAGCAUGCCACACAUGCAAGUAAGCUCCGCAAGAGCAUUGCCGCUGUCAGAGACAGCGAAGAGGCAUUGAAAGCUGAGCUGGCGCAUGUGAAGGCGAGCGAAACCCGCUUAGAGACCACUGUUGAGCGGCAGAAGGACCUGAUUGCAAAGCUCCGAUCCGAACAUGAGAGGCUCGUGAGCCUCUUGGCCUUGCAGCGCAAGCAGAUGCAAGUGCUAGGGACCCUGUCCUGUGCGCAGUGUGCCCUCAAGGCCAAGGAGAUCGGAGCUGUACGGGAUUUCUUUGAAGAAGCUGGCCAAAGGUAA